AUGUGUGAGUGCGGAAGAGGCUUCAGUCGGAAUGGAACUCUUACAACACAUCUACGAAUUCAUACAGGGGAGAAACCCUUUAAAUGUACGGAGUGUGGGCAGAGCUUCAGUCACAGUAUAUCCCUCAAAAAACACCAACAAAUUCACACAGGGGAGAAACCAUUUAAAUGUAUUGAGUGUGGAAGAAGCUUCAGACAAUGUUCACACCUUACUAAACACCAACGCACUCACACAGGGGAGAAACCAUUUAAAUGUAUGGAAUGUGGAAAGAGCUUCAGUCACAGUGGAGAUCUUACAAGACAUUUACAGACUCACACAGGGGAGAAACCAUUUAAAUGUAUGGAGUGUGGGAAGAGCUUCACAGAAAAUGGAAAACUUACGAUACAUAUACGAACUCACACAGGGGAAAAGCCAUUUAAAUGUAUGGAGUGUGGAAAGAGCUUCAGUGAAAGCGGAAAUCUUAGCGUACAUCAACGAAUUCACACAGGUGAGAAACCAUUUAAAUGUAUGGAGUGUGGGAAGUGCUUCAGUGAGAAUGGAACUCUUACAAGACAUCAACGAACUCACACAGGGAAGAAACCAUAUAAAUGUUUGGAGUGUGGAAUGUGCUUCAUUUGUAGUUCGAGACUCACUGUGCAUCAACAAAGUCACACCGGGGAGAAACCAUUUAAAUGUUUUGAGUGUGGUAAGUGUUUCCUUCAGUGCUCACACCUUACUAUACACAAACGAUAUCACACAGGGGAGAAACCCUUUAAAAUGUAUUGAAUGUGGAGGAGCUUCAGACAGUGUUCACACCUUACUAGACAUCAACGAACUCACACAGGGGAGAAACCAUUUAAAUGUAUGGAAUGUGGGAAGAGCUUCAGUCACAGUGGAGGUCUUACAACACAUCUACAGACACACACAGGGGAGAAACCAUUUAAAUGCAUGGAGUGUGGGAAGAGCUUCAGUGAAAAUGGAAAACUUACCAUACAUGUACGGACUUCAUACAGGGGAAAAACCAUAUAAAUGUAUGGAGUGUGGGAAGAGCUUCAGUGAAAGUGGAAAUCUACUGUACAUCAACGAAUUCACACAGGGGAGAAACCAUUUAAAUGUGUAGAGUGUGGGCAGAGCUUCAGUCGGAAUGGAACUCUUACAACACAUCUACGAAUUCAUACAGGGGA